UAGUGGAUACGUACCCAAAUAUGCUCUCUGGACACAUUCUGGUAGUCGCAAUUCUACUCUUUCACACUGCUUUCUUCUGCACGGCGCAACACGGUCCAAAUUAUUUUGUUGCUGCUCCGAGCGUACUGCAGAUAGGCGUCAAACAGACGGUGGUCGUGUCGGUUUUCAAGGUAAACACACCCAUCUCUGUUGUCAUUCGCGUUGAAGACGACAAGGGUCAAGUUCUCUACCAAGCAGCCAAUCAAGACGUGGAAGUGAACAAACCUGUUGCAUUUGAAGUUGAGGUACCGUAUAACAAAGUCCCGCUCCCAGAUCCUGUGAAGGGCGUGCGCUACGCAUACAUUCGAGCAGUUUCACAAGCCGCUUCGCUGCCCUUCAACAAGGCGGUUCGUCUGGUUCUCUCGACAAAAACGCUCUCGGUGUUUGUUCAAACGGACAAACCAAUUUACAAGAGAAACGAAGACGUUCACAUUAGAGUUGUUGCUGUCAACUCAAGCCUUUUCCCCAAACACGGCUCUGAGGUGGCUGUUGAGAUAAGGAAUCCACAAGAUGUUAUUGUGGACAAGGUACAAGUGAAUAAAUCACCUGCGACAGGUAUUGAGAACCGCACUCUACAUCUUGGCCCAGACGCUUUACAAGGGAAGUGGACUAUUGUAGCUCGAUAUGGCUAUAAAGCUGAGUUGAAAUCACAGUCUGGAUUUGAAGUGAAGGAUUAUGUGUUACCAGCAUUCGAUGUCAAGAUUACUCCUCCCAAAUAUGUCAGAGUCAAACGUUUGCAAGAUUCUAUCUCUUUUCGUGUGACAGCAAGGUACACAUAUGGUAAAGCUGUUACAGGAAAGCUCAACGUCACAGUUGGAGUUUUCAUUAGAGGAAACAAAACAGUAGACGUAUUGAAUUCACUUUCUUUGCAUCUAUUAAAAUCGGACAACGGAGAGAAAACUAUCAGUUUUCCAAAUGAAGGGUACAAAGUUUUUCCUUUGGGCGAACAAGUUUAUAUUUCAGCAGAAGUGAUAGACUCAAACAACGGAGUGAAACAACAAACAUUUGAUGUGUCCGCACAAUUCGAUGACAAUCCUAUUAAAUUGGAUUGUGCUUUGAGUCCUCCAUAUUAUCGUCCCAAUCUUCCUCUGCGGCUGCAGGUACGAGCGACGUAUGCGAAUGGAGCUGUGGUAUCUAACGUAAAGGUAGAAUACACUAAUCUACGAUCAGCCGAUGUGCGAUCUACCCUAAGGACUAACGAGAAGGGCAUCGCAUAUUUUCAGUUCAAUGUUAGUCAAGAAAGUGGUGAUAAGGAGUUUCAGUUUCAGGUUAAGGAGCCAGUAGCCCAACAACUGGUCUCUGUUUGCACUUUUAAGCAAUUCCCCUCCAGUGGAGGAAGCUUCUUUGUGCGAUCAAAUUUUCAUAAUCCAACCAAAAUUGGCUCACGGGGAGACUUUGAAAUCAUCAGAGAUUUAAAGGAUAGUAGACGCUUGACGUUUACAGUGCUAGUCACCUCGAGAGGAAUAAUCCAGCAGCAGAAAGCAGUGCAUUUAGAAGGAGGGUCGAUUGGGAGGUUUCAAGUUUCGAUCACUUCAGAUCUCGCUGGCAAAUUCUGCGUUCUUGCCUACUACGUAGAAGACAACAACGAAGUCGUGGCGGAUGCAACGUGUGUGGAAAUAGAGAAAUCGUUUAAGAACGACAUUAAACUAUCAAGAGUGAAUGACAGGAUGGCCAUUCAGCCUUCCGAUUUUUUUGAGUUGAAGGUAGCAGCUGCUCGACGCUCUGAUAUUGCAUUACUCGCCGUGGAUAAGCGUCUCUACAUUCUAAACAAUGAGAACAAGUUGUCAAGAGAAGACGUAUUUGAUGAGCUGAGUACUUACGACAAGUCUUGCGGGUACACAUCAGUUGACAGCAAGGGUGUCUUUGAUGCGGUAGGAUUGACGAGUAUUAGUGGCACUACCCUACAACCUAUCGUCAGGGAAAGUAAGCGGACAUACCAGUUUAUAACAUUUUUGUGUGAAGUUAGUUGUCUAGGUGAGUUAUGCCAGUCACGUAGCAAGAGAGGCUUGGAAAAAGGUGACGGCAAAUUAGAUUUGGCGAGUCGCCAUGUACGCUCUGCCGUUCUACCUGAAUUUAGAGAUGUGUUGAACGAAGAAAUAUUAGAUUUGAUGCGUACCCGUUCACACUUUCCUGAGGCGUGGCUGUGGAACAAAAACUUAACAACGGGUGACCUUAACGAGAUAACACUUCCUCUAAACGCUCCAGAUUCAAUAACAGAGUGGAUCGUUCAAGCUAUUGGUUUAUCAGACGAUUACGGGUUUGGCGUUGCGGAACCAAUUUUAUUCAAAGUGUUUAAACCUGUUUUUGUGGAAUGUCACAUUUCGUAUGCUUUCACUCGUUUGGAACAGUCUUCUCUGUCGUGUACAAUAUACAACUACAACCUUGUUGAUCUACUAGGUUGUAUUUCGAUGUUAAAACCGCGUUUGUCGACUUGCCCUACUACUACUAGCAGCAGCGCUUUGGAGACCAACCUUCAGUGCGUCAAUGUAACAGGGAGAAGCACGACAUUAGUUAAAUUUCCCAUUAAGCCGUGGUGGGCUAAUCUAGAGAAACUCACAAUACGAUUGCGUACCUUCUUUGGAGGAGAAGACGUCAUCCAUGACAUCAACAUUAGACCUGAUGAAGUUGCUAGGGAAGUCGAACUUGGUACAGAGCUAGCUCCUCAAGAUCGAUGUCCCAAGCUCGGACCAAUUGACAACAAGCUGUGUAACGCUUGUCAUCAUCACCACUUUGUCUACCGAGUUCGCGUGGUUAAGAAUGUUCUCACGAACGGAUCGUUGAUGUACAAAGUCAUCAUUGUAGAUAUCUUGAAACCAGGAGCAUUAUGCGUGAAAGUUGGCGAUAAAAUGGAUCUUCGGCUCCCCUCCAUUUGCUUUCUAGAAAUAGAGUUAGAAGCAGGCAGGGAAUAUCAUGUCCAGGGAAGAGACGACGGCAUAAAAAUCGUUUUCGAUCAAAACUCUUAUGUCGAGCCGUGGCCUGAAACGACGGGCACUGAAUGCAAAGCCAAAGUGACAAGAGAAUGUAUCAAGCGCCCGUGUUUCAAAUUCAAGGGAAAGAAUAUCCGUAAACUUUGCCAUAAAUUGCGUAAAGGCAAGUGCUCAAAAGUUAUUCGUAAACAGUGUAAGGACAAGCUUGAAUUUGAUGAGUACGUUCUUAAAUUAAAAGACGGUGCAAUAUGCGAAAGGCAAAAUUUAUGUGACUAGAUUGAGUGCGAAGAGAGACUUGCUUAGACUAUUGCUGGUCUGUUUUUCUUAAUUGUGUUCGUUGUAUGAAAUAGUAAACAUUAAUUUGUUUACAAAAUUUGUGGUGUACGAAACUUCUGUUUGCUGGAAUAACAAGUUUGUGUUAUGUUGAAUAUUGCAUUGGAUUACAAUGGUUAAAGAA